CACACUGGUCGGACACUUAAUAACUACAAAGAACAAGUUUAUGUUUUUUAAGUGUUGACUAUCCUCACGACAGCCUGAUGUACUCGUUGACAAUCGGAAGAAAUAACCCCAUCUGUAUCGAUGGGUUUUCCGGUUACUGAUCAGUUACUAUUAACCUUCACACUUUGAAUUACUAAUAUUAUUAUAAACUUAGGAUUGCACAAUGAAGAUAUCUUUACAGUUGUUGACCAUCUUUGCUUUAGAAUGUAUUGUUUCAACGAGAAUUCUUCCAGAUUCCUGUAAAGUGAGGCGAUCGAUCGGUUGUAAUACCUUAACUCAAUGUUCCUUACAUGUUACAUUUCAUUUGUCUAAGGCCCUUGUUAAAGGAGAGUACCUUAUUUACUGGAGAAUAAAUGGUACCAAAACAAAUAGUAAUUUUACAGAAGUUGAAUACAAAGGCCCGUGUAUGUCUCGAUCAGUUUGUGCAAUGGAGGUGAAAGCUACAUUAAAAUUACCCCGUACUACUGAAGCCUAUGGAAUGUAUACAGUGAAACUGUACAAUGACAGGGAGCAAGUGCAGUGUUCUACACCUGUGUGUAAAAAUUGUAUCAUAGACGAUCAGCAAGAGGAAGAAGAUCAUACAGUAUCUACUGAUACACCAAACAAUAUCUACAUUUAUAUCUUCGCUGGUAGUGUUUUAAUUUUGAUGACAGUUAUAAUAGGUUGUACGAUUGUAUUACAUGUAGUAAGGAAGACAGCCGGGAGAAGACCUGUGCAGAUUCCUACUAGAACUACAAGUAUUAUAUCUAAUGAUGAAGUAUCAGCUGACGAGCCUUCAGUAGCUGUAUCAAACCACACAUAUGCUUCUGUCCAAUUAAGUGUUCCCAGUAGAUACCAGGGUUUACUAUCAAGAAACGUCAGUCGACACCACUACAAUAACCCAAGGUUUCAAGAUAUUCAAGAUGAGAGUCCAGGGGAUUCAGCUUUUGCUUCGACGCUUACUAUGUUAAGUUAUGACCAUAACGACGACGACCACCUGACAGAAAGAACAGAGGAACCACAACUGACGCGCAUACCAAUCAAUAUACUAGUAUCAAGAUUAGAGCAAAUUCAAACUAACCAGAGUCUGCCAAAUUUACUAGUGCAUGAUUACCAGAAUAUCAGAAGAACAAGGAGACUUACAUGAUACUGUGACAUCACAAGUUUUUGAACAAAUCUGGAAGAGUAAAACACACUUUCAUUUCGUAACGUGACAUAUUUUCUGUGAUGCUAUUGAAAGAAGGAAUAACAGAGAAUAUUCAAAAGCUCACAGAAAAAAAAAUAUAGACCAUAUAAUUCAGUGGUUGUCGUUUGUUGCUGUAUAUGAUAUUUGGUUUUCGUUUAUUAUUUUGUACAUAAUGCUGAAUAUGAGAUAUGGAUUUUAUCCAUUUCAAAAGCCCGUACAGUGACCAAUAGUUGUUUCUGUGUCAUUUGGUCUCUUGUGGAGAGUUUCUCAUUUGAGAGAAUAGCACAUCUUCUUAUUUGCAUAUAACAUUUAAUAGUAAGAAACACAAUCAUUUGUAUGCAAACAUAUGACAAUUAAUAUGUUUUGACAAAAUAAGUUAUAUAUAUAUUUAUAUGCGUAAAUUGAAGUGAACUUUUUAAUUUAUUUUUAUUUUUACAUUGUACUGAUAUUCAUUAAUCGUAUUUUUCAUACUUGUUUCUUAUUCGUACUACUUGUGUUUUACCUUAAAAGAACCCUCCUAAUGUAUUUUAUUUACUAGUACUAUAGAAAAACUAUGCUGUUUCAAAAUAAUAAUAAUACUAUAACAAAACUGUUACAUAGACCACAACAUGUCAGAAACCUAUCUAUUUCAAAUGCAUUGUUUUAGGUUUUGCUAUUGGCUCACAAAUAAAGUUAUAGAUACCAAGA